AUGUGGAAUAUUGGAAAAAUAAUCCAAACAUUUGACUCUAAAGAGAAGUGUAUUUCCUUUGCCGAGGAACAAGAAUUGAUUCUAAAAGGUAAAAUUUGCCGGACGCAUAAAGUGCCAAUGACGCUCUCGUUAUAUAAAAGUAGCACUGUUGGGGUGUUUCGAUGCCGGAAAGGGGUUUGUCGGAACAGAACUGCGUUAGCAAGGUCGAGCGAUACUUGGUUCGACAAUUUGAAAAUCCCACUUCCGCAGGUAUUUUAUCUAAUGUAUGCAUGUGUAUCUCAUUGGUCGCAUGCGGAAGUGAGGAAAAACAGUUUUAUCAGGGAACCAGUUAUAUCUAGCGCUACUAUAUGUGACUGGUAUAAUUACUGCCGCGAAGCCGUAGUAUUAUACCAGGUUGAACAUCAGGUAGCGGUAGGUAAAAUUGGUGGCCCUGGUAAAACUGUUGAAAUAGAUGAAAGUAAAUUUAAGAAGAGAAAAUACAACAAAGGGCGGAGAGUCGAGGGCCACUGGGUUCUUGGAAUGGUUGAGCAUGGGAGUGACGACCUUAGGCUGGAGGUAUGUCCCGGCAAUGUCAGGUCUGCUGAGGUGCUCAUACCUUUGAUAGAGAAGCACGUAGCAAAAGGCAGUGUUAUAUGUACUGAUUGCUGGAAAGCAUAUGACUGUCUGGCCAGUCAUGGGUAUGAGCACCGACGGGUUAAUCACAGCGACCCCGAUAAUCCGUUCGUCGCCGAGGACGGGACCCAUACUCAACGCAUCGAGUCCCAGUGGUGCGUAAUUAAACGUUUUUUCAUAAAAGACAAUUACAAUAACAGCGAAGAUUUUUCUAAUUUAAUAUUUGAAUAUAUUUGGAGAAAAAAUAUUGCAAAUAAUCAUGAUGAUCCUUUUGUUAAAUUAUUAGAUGCAAUUAAAUACACAGAGCAUCAGCUCUAUCCAACCACACCACAUUUAACCCUAAAAUCGUGGGAUGGUAUACUAAAGCUUCCCCAAAACGCAUAA